AUGGCUCGACUUUACACUGAGGACGAUGAUAGGGAGUCCAAAAAGGCCAAGACGAUGGCCUCACUCGUGCUAGGCUUCUCGGAUAAAGAUAAGAUUGGAGGAUAUGAUGUGAAGAGAGUGCUAGUAGAUCAGGGCAGCGCUGUGGAAGUAAUGUAUCCUGACCUAUACAAAGGGCUGAACUUAAAACUCGAGGACUUAACGGCAUAUGAUUCCCCUUUGGUAAGCUUUGAGGGGAAAACCGUUACUCCAAGGGGCCAGAUCAGACUGCCCAUACAAACAGGUUCGGACGUAGUGGAGGUGGAUUUCAUUGUAGUUGACACUUAUUCACCUUACACGGCCAUUGUCGCUAGGCCUUGGCUUCAUGCCUUGGGAGCUGUCUUUUCCACCCUGCACCAGAAGGUGAAGUACCCGUCGGAAGGCCAGGUUAAAGAGAUUAUGGGGGAUCAGACCAUGGCCAGACAAUGCAUGGUGGCUGCCAUCUCAUGCUAA